AUGUCUUACCCAUCUACCUACACAGCCUACCGUCGCAGCGCAGGCAAAGACAGCGCCUCGCGUCAAAACCCUCUCACUCUUGAAAAAAGCCAGGAAACGCUCCCUCAAGAAAAGGACCUUGGGCCCAACGAUGUGGUCAUCAAGAUCCACGCUGUAUCGCUCAACUACCGUGACGUCGCUAUGCUGGUUAAGGAGUACCCCGUCCAUAUCACUGAACAAGGCAUCCCAUGCUCCGACUGCGCAGCCGAGGUCGUUGGGUUGGGGUCUGCAGUCAAGGACUUCCACAUAGGAGAUGUCGUUGCUCCAAUUUGCAGCCAAGGCGACCUUCACCCAACCGAUGAUGGCAUUUCAGUGGCUAUCGGUGCGAACGGUCCAGGCACACUGAGGCAGUACGGUAUCUACCAAGCAAAGCACCUAGUACACUUGCCAAAGAACUUGUCCUGGGAGGAGGGCUCGAUGCUCCCAUGCGCAGGCGUCACUGCUUGGAACUCAUUGGAUUCAUUGAAAACUGUGCAGGAGCACGCUAGUGCCCUUCUCCAAGGAACCGGCGGUGUUUCUAUGUUCUCCCUGCUACUUUGUCUCGCCGGAAACAUCACACCAAUCAUCACGUCUUCCUCGGACGAGAAGAUCAAAGCUAUUCAAGAGAAGAUCAGUGAUAAGGUUCGCGGUCUGAACUACAAAACCGAUGAUCAAGCCGCCAAGAUCAAGGAAAUCACGAAUGGUCGUGGUGUUGACUUCGUCGUCAACAACACCGGCGUUGGCUCCCUUAUCGAUGAAAUCGGCUACCUAUGCCCCCGUGGCGGGACUAUUUCUCUCGUUGGUUUCCUUGCUGGCUGGGAGGCUGAUUGGAAGCCAUCUGAUCUCAUCGCCUUGAUGGGCAAGGGCGCAAAGUUGAAGGGUAUCUCUGUUGGAUCGAAGAAGGAUUUCAAAGACAUGAAUGCGUUUAUUGAGAAAAAGAAUGUGAAGUUCGAUGUCAUGUUGGACAGGACUUUCGGGUUUGAAGACGCGAAGAAAGCAUUCGAUCUGCAACUAUCGGGUAACUUUUCCGGUAAGAUCGUUAUCAAGGUCGCGGAAUGA